AUGUCAUCUCUCUUCUCCUUAAAAGGCAAAGUUGCCAUCCUAACAGGUGGAACCAACGGCAUAGGUCUAGGCUACGCCCGAGGCUUGGCCUCCGCAGAUAUCCAGCAAUUGAUCUUGACAUACAGGUCACAAUCCUCGCUCGAGCAAGCCCAGGCCAAGAUCCACGAAAUCAACCCCAACGUCGCCAUAUCUUCAAUCAAGGUCGAUUUCCUCGCUGAAGACGAAGACGCAAUAGUCAACAAAAUAGUCACCGAUGCAUACUCGCUUUCGCAAACGGGCUCGAUUGACAUCUUGAUUAACAACGCCGGCAUCACAGAACGGUCCCCACUUGAAUCAUUCCCAGACGACAAGUUCCAAGACGUCAUCAAAGUUGACUUGAACAUCCCCGUCAAGCUCACCAAGCUCGUGGGCUAUAAAAUGCUCGAAAGGGGAACCAGAGGCAAGAUCGUCGCUACCGCCUCGCUCUUGUCGUUCCAAGGUGGGAUGCACAGCACCCCGUACGCGAUAGCCAAAGGUGGACUAAAACAAUUUACUCAGGCAGUAAGCAACGAAUGGUCCGGUAGAGGCAUCAAUGUCAAUUGUAUUGCUCCCGGUUACAUCAGGACUAAAUUGACUGACUCCAUGGCUGAGGAGAAUAAAAAGAUUGUCAAUCAGAGAAUACCUUUGGGCCGCUGGGGCGAGCCCGAUGAUUUCAUGGGCGUUAUCGUGUUUUUGUGCAGUGAUGCUUCUAACUAUGUCACGGGGGAAACCAUUGCUGUUGACGGCGGCUGGCUUGGUCGGUAG